CCGAGCCACUUGGGGGACCAUACAAGCUGAAUGUCCCGAAUUACGACGCACUCGCGCCCGCCUACUACAAGGGACAAGCCCAUCGAAGAAACUCACAAACGUUACGGAUGUAAAAAGAUACCUCCUUGUUGCUACCAUUACCAAAGACGGCUUGCUGGUUGUUAAACGAAAUGAACCACUCGUGCCAAGCCGUGAAUGUAUUAUUGUCCCUCGGCAAGUACUAGAAGGUUUGCUGACGGCUCUACAUAUUCGUCUCAGCCAUCCGUCCAGCCAUCAGCUUAAAGUCGUUGUAAAACGUUAUUUGUAUGCCUUGGACGUGGACAAAGUUGUUAACCGUGUAAGUGAAGGUUGUCACCAUUACGCCGCAUUACGAAGGUUGUUACCGUUGCGCCGCAUUACGAAAUGCCCCAACAGCACGUAUAGAACAGUCGUCCUGCUCUCCACCAAGUACUGUUGGUGUAGCAUUUGCUGCCGAUAUCGCCAAACGUUCCAAACAACUGAUCCUGGUAUUGCGAGAGUGUGUAACCUCACUCACAGCUACAACUGUUCUCGAAAACGAACGCCAUGA